ACAACAACAACAUUGCUAAACGUCAGACACUGUGACAGGUUUUCGAUGUUAAAUAUAUAAACAAAAUAGUAUAAUAUACUAUUUCGUUUUGCCUGAUUUUCACAUAUUUGAAUCAGAGCGUGAACCUUAAAUCAAUAUGCAGAAAAAUUGUUUCUGUAAAAAAAUAUGUGUAAAAGAACUGUCAAUAUAUCGGAUAUGUUUAUGAAAUGCUAACAGUUCGGACAACACAUAUGUUUCCGGUACCUUAGAAGAUCUGAUAGAACUGAUAUCGUUUUUUCUUCUUCUGGUACAACACUUCUUCGAAAUAGAAGAUUUUGUGCCUGUAUGUUACAUUGAAUCUCAAUUUUUGUAGGAAUAGAGAUUAGCUUCAAGAAACUUUAAUUGCUUCGUGUGAUAAGCAUUUUAAACAAAUAUUUGGGUCAAAUUGGCUUAACAUGAAUAAUAUUCUGGCCUUUAUUUUUUUCAAUUUAUCCAGAGAUCAAGGAAGUUCCCACUAAUUUAUAAAAUACAAGGGAUAAUUAAUUUAACAAAAAUGACAUUAACAGAUCAGCAUUCUGUAUCAGGUAAUGUGAAAGCCAACAUUGCAGCUGUUUCUUCAGCAGUGCUCUAUGGUGCAUCCUCUGUUGCUAUUGUCUAUGUCAACAAGCUUUUAAUGACUUCCUUCUCAUUUGACUACCCAGUAUUUAUAAUGGCUUCACAAAUGACAUUCACAAUACUGCUGCUUGAACUUCUUAGUUUAAUAAACAUCAUCAACAUGCCAAAGUACACCUUGGAAAGAGCCAAGAUGUUUGCACUGCCUGCAUUGUUCUAUGGAGUCAACUCUGUAUUGGCCCUCAGUGCUCUCAGUAACAUGAACCUUGCCAUGUAUGGAGUGCUGAAGCGCUGUGUCCCUGUAGUCACUCUGCUCAUGUCAGUGGUUAUUUUGAAGAAUGGCUGGCCUUCCAGACUCACCAUCCUAUCCGUGCUAAUGCUCACACUGGGCUGUGUUGUUGCAGGUUAUGGAGAUUUGAAGUUCAACAUGCUGGCGUACACAUGUGGAGCCUUGAGUAACGUCACACAGGCCGCAUACCUCCUCCUGGUGCAGCGACUCACCAAAGGCAAGCUGACCACUGUGGAGUCUCUGCAGCUCAACAGUAUCAACACUCUGCCAUUCUUGAUAUUGAUAUGUGUAACAAACGGAGAGGUGUUAAAAAUUAGGACGUUUGAGCAAUAUCACUUGAUAUCAUUCAUUGCAGUUUUCAUUUUAGCCAUAAGUCUUGGAUGCUUGUUAAACUACUCAUUGUUUUUAUGCACCAGUCUGAAUUCUGCACUGACGACCAGCAUUGUAGGUGGCAUAAAGGCGCUUGCUCAAACAUUGUUGGGAGUUUUUACGUUUGGAGGGGUGAGUCACAACCUGCCCACUUUUGCAGGUCUCUCCAUGAGCAUGCUAGGUGCUGUAUUCUAUUUGUACGCAAAGUACACAGAACACAAAACAAAACAUUUGGUAGAUUUGAAAAAAGUCAUGACAUUUUCCGCUUUUGAAGAAUUAAAAGAUGACAAGGAGUUAAAUGAGAUGGAAAUAAAGAUAAAUGGGGUUACCAAUCAAGCUGUAUUUGUUGAGAUGGACAAGAGAGCUACUUAAUACUAUGUGGGCUUGCAUUGUUCGCUGAAAAAUAUGUUGAAGGAAUUUAUUGUACAAUGCCUACCAAAAUAAAAGCAUUUCCAUAAGCAGCAGAGCUGUUAUUAUUGACAGAAAGAUUGUGAUAGGAUGAGACAAAAAGUAUUAUUGAGCUACUUUUCAAUGUUCAGUUAUUAUAUGUGCCUUUAUGUAGUGUUUAGUUUUACACAAUAAAUAAAAUCAAUUGAUUUUGAUUUCCAGGUUAUGAAAGUUUAAUGACUUUUUUCCUUUAUAUUGAUUAUCCUUUUUAUCAAUCAAAGAAAAUUUCAAAAUUAUUAUUACUUUACUUCAUUGGUCAGCAAAUAUAGCAUCUUUAUAUAUGCAUUGAAAAUUAUGUAACAUUCCAUUUACCAUUAAAUGUAGCGGGAUUUUGGGGAUAAUUGAUUGCACAUGUACAUGUAUUGUUUUCAUGGGAGUUUGCACCAAUAUCGUGGGGACUUAUCAGUCAACAUAUUUAUUGUGGGUUGUAUUUUGUAUGUUGAUUUGGGGUGAUUAAACCAUAUCGUUAUAUUAUUUCACAUUGUAUGCACUCUCAUAUAUCUUUCAAAAGUAUAUUUAUUUUUUUUAUUUCGAGUUAAAUUUGUUCAGUGGUAUCUGAAAACAGAAAUCUAUAUGUCUAAAAAUAAAGUUCAAAAGUACACUUCCUUUAAAGUUAGUUAAGUUAAACCAGUUCAUUUAAUUCUUACAAAAUAGGUAUUUUAAACAUACAUUGAUUCUGAAUAGACAUCUUUUAUGCUCCCUUUCGAAGAGUCCGUAUUUCUGUCUGUCUGUGUGUCCAUCUUUCCGUCACACUUUGUGUUUAGGUUUCUAAAAAUGCGCAUAACUUCUAUGUCCCUUGAGAUGUAACCUUCAUAUUUGGUAUGCAUGUGUAUAUGGACAAGGCCUUUCCAUACGCACACAAUUUUUUACCCAUGUGACUUUGACCUUGAACUUGGGGUCCGCGUUUAGGUUUCGAAAUCUGCGUUUAGGUUUCGAAAAAUGCUCAUAACUUCUAUGUCCCUUGAGAUAUAACCUUCAUCAUUUGGUAUGCAUGUGUAUAUGGACAAGGCCUUUCCAUACGCAUAAAAAAUUUUACCCCUGUGACCUUGACCUUGAACUUAGAGUCCACGUUUAGGUUUCGAAAUCUGCGUUUAGGUUUCGAAAAAUGCUCACAACUUUUAUGUCCUUUAAGAUAUAACAGACAUAUUUGGUAUGCAUGUGUAUAUAAACAAGGCCUUUCCAUAUGAACAAAAAUUUUGAUCCCUGUGACCUUGACCUUGAACUUAGGGUCCGCGUUUAGGUUUCGAAAUCUGCAUUUAGGUUUUGAAAAAUGCUCAUAACUUCCAUGUCCCUUGAGAUAUAACCUUCAUAUUUGGUAUGCAUGUGUAUAUGGACAAGGCCUUUCCAUACGCACACAAAUUUUGACCCCUGUGACCUUACCCUUGAACUCAGGGUCAGCAUUAAGUUUCGAAAUCUGCGUUUAGGUUUCGAAAAAAGGUCAUAACUUCUAUCAAGCGUUUAUAGGGGGCAUAAGUCAUUCUAUGGUGACGGCUCUUGUUUGGUUCAAUAUUGAUUUUCUAUCUUGUUUUAUAGAGAAAAAAACUGUAUAUUUGAAGGUACAAGCAUGGUGCAAGCUUUUGCAGAGCAACAUUAUUUACUAAGUUUGGUUAACAAUGUUGUUUUUGCUGAAUAAAAAAUUGUUCAUACAUCAAAAUAUAAAAGAAAAAUGUGCAUACAUGUAUCUGUUGGUUGUGUGCAUUAUUGCAGAUGUUAACUAUUUAAGUUUCACCUGGCUUAAUGGCCAGAUAUAUGUUUGUUAUAGUUUUUUUGGGUUAAAAUAUAUGUUUGUUACAGUUUUUUGGGUUAAAAUAUAUGUUUGUUAUAGGUUUUUGGUUAAAGAGAUUUGCUUUAUAUUUUACAUUCUAGAGAGGUAUGAUAAAUAUGCUGUUAAUAAAUCAAAGCACUCACUUGUGACAUUGUUAUUAAAUACAGUUUUGUGUGUGUGUUUUUUUUCACACCAUAUUUUAUUAAACAAGAUAAAGAAUUUUUUCGGUAAUCAAGCCAUUUUAUCCCAUGCUAUAACUAUUUUUUCAAAAUUUCCAAAAAACAAUAGCAAGCAGCUACAUUAUAAGUUGUUUAUUGACGCGACGUCUUUUGAAGUUGACAAUGUCAUUUCACCAGGUUGUAAAAGGUCAGUCCAGAAAAGUUUGCCAAUAAAAACACUUAAAUGUUAUAGAAAACAUGUUUAUGGUUAAAAUAAUUGUAAUUGUUAUAUUACAUGGGAAACAAUGUAUAGUUCUAGUAUUUGAUUAUAGAGUAGAUGUCAGUUUUUACACAUAUAUUAAUUUGAUUUAUCAGUAUUAAGUCAAAACAUUUACAUUCAAGGUUGCUAUUUAUGUUAUGUGUUCUCAUCGAUUAGAAUCUACAUUCUAUGAAGUUCUACAUUUGUAUCAGUAACAUGCAUAUUGCAAUCAGCAUUUACAUAAACAUCCAAUGGUGUUAUACAUUUAUUGCACUUUUAUGCUCAACGAAAUCCACAUUUAUGUUCAAUGAGAUUACAUAAUAACUGUUCAUGUUCUCAAUUGAAGUUUUUAUCUAUGAUCAGUUGAUCUGUGAUACAUUAUUCAGAUGUUUCUGUUGUUAUGAAUAUAUAUAUUCCAAAGUUAUUUAAACAUUAAAUUUUACCAUUGUUGUAUAGAUCUCAUGUAAAGUAAUUUAAUGGUUCAUGCAAUUUCUGCAUGUAUUUAUUGCACAUAUUGAAAUUAUUUACAUGUAUGUGGGCAAUAUUCGUUCUUGACUAAUUUUAUCAAGCUUGUUUUUGUGUUCAGCUUUGCUGAAUCUAUAUUAGUGUAAGAGUAAUUUUGAAUUAUGUUUUGUAUCAGUCACAUUCCAGCGAGACAUGUUGUGGACUUAGUGUAUUGCACAUUUGCAUCUGUCCAUAUGUUCCAUUAGGAGCCCUUUUUUUCAUAUAAAUAAUGAAAUAACUUUAAAUUGUCACCAUCAUAAGAUGAUAAUUUAUGUGCUCAAUGAACGGUCAAGGUCACAAUUUAAGGCAAACUAAUUGCCACGUUUUUGUUAGCUCUUAAACUGUGUAUUAUUUAGAUAAUGUUGUAAAAUUCUAAGCAGAAAUGUUAAAAAUAAUAUGACAAUAUGGCUUGAUUGGUCAUUGUCGUCUUGGGUACUACUUAAAUGUACCCCAGAUACUCUUAAGUAUACUUAAAUGUACCCCGGGUAUCGAAAAUAUGCUGAAAUGUACCCCGGAAAUCUAACGCUAAAUUGGUCGUUGUCGGCUUUUUAUCUCAAAUUAAUUAUGUUCAUUUCGUUUUUCAUAAAGUGUUUUACAACAUCUGGUUUUGGGUGGGAAUAACACUCCGGUACAGUCUAAGUUGGCCGGGUACGUUUUAGUAUAUUUUCCAUACCUGGGGUCCAUUAAAGUAUACUUAAUAGCACCUGGGGUACAUUUAAGUAGUACUUGAGCCGACAAUGACCAAUCAAGGGACAAUGUGCAACACCUAAGAUCCAGGUCUGUAAUUCAAAGGUCAAGUUCACACUUCAAUGAUAAAAAUGUUUGCUUAUUGCGUUCAUCAUUUUUCCACCACCUUCAAAGAAGAGGUUUUUAUUAUUUUCUUGAUAUUUGUAGGUCUGUUCUCAUGGAACUGUAGUCACAUUUUGUGACUAAUGGUGUCUCUUGUAACUUUCCACACAUCACAAAAAAUAUGAUUUUUUAAUGCCUUUACCGGUAAUUGAAUUUCAUUUCAAUAGUUUCCUGUAUAAACAUUAAAAGAACCAAGUUCUGCCUUUACAAGUAUAUGUUUAUACUGGUCAAUUUAGAAAUGUUUAGUGUCAGUGAUAAUACAUGCGAAAAUUCAACUUUCAUUUCGUUUUUGUGAAUAUGUUUUGUGCAUGCUAUUGUUGUCAUAGCAACUUAAAAUAAAGAAACAAUAUUAUUUCAUAAACGUUACUUCAGAAAUAAAAACAACAACAUAUGUUUAAUAAACAGUCCAUUUUGGUCGUUUUUAUAAAUUUUGUGAUGGAUAUUUUUCUUUCAUGAAAUUGGACAAUUCAUGAAAUGUCUUCAUCAAAGCAUGUUUAUUUAUAAUGCACAUACAUUAAUGUUUUAUUUCACACAUGUAUUACUUUAAUUAUGGAUUUCAUUGUAAAUAAGGUUGGGUGAAAAGAGACAAACGUAUCUGUGUUUUUGGUUUCUACUUUAAUUGCAAA